AGCGCUGCAUGCUGAUUCGCUGGGCAGUACCUUAAUUCUACAAUGCGAUGCAGCCGACGGGGUCGCAGAGUCUCUCAGGGAUAACAAUCAACAUCUUGCGACUUCUUUGGGAGACUCCUUAACGCCAACUAUGCGGUAUCACUAGACUCGAGGAGCUGCCUGGUUCACCAGCGGGCUUCUGAUCCCGUCAACCUUCACGAUGGGUUAUAACAUUGCUAUGGCUUGCGAUUUCUUCUUUCCGCAACCAGGAGGAAUUGAAAGCCAUAUUUACCAACUUUCGACAAAGUUAAUCGAUCGUGGCCACAAGGUUAUCAUUAUAACGCAUGCCUAUGAAGGUAGAACUGGCGUGCGCUACCUCACGAAUGGGCUGAAAGUCUACCAUGUGCCUUUCUUCGUUAUAUACCGAGCCACAACGUUUCCGACGGUCUUUUCGUUCUUCCCAACCUUCAGAAACAUCAUUAUCAGGGAGCAGAUUGAAAUCAUACAUGGCCAUGCGAGUUUGAGUAGUUUUUGCCACGAGGCAAUUCUGCAUGCGAGGACUAUGGGGCUUCGGACAGUGUUUACGGAUCAUUCACUUUUUGGGUUUGCGGAUGCAGCGAGUAUCCUGACAAACAAAUUGCUGAAGUUCACCUUGAGUGAUGUUGACCAUGUUAUUUGUGUUAGCCAUACCUGUAAAGAGAACACAGUUUUAAGAGCGUCGCUUGACCCUUUGAUGGUCUCAGUCAUACCAAACGCCGUUGUAGCCGAAAACUUUCGACCUUUGUCACAUCCAGCAUACUCGAAUGGACCUGAUAACCAGUUACAAAAUUUUAAUGCCCAGGCAGCUACUCCCCUGCCUCAUUAUCUGGGGCCGAACGAUACCAUUACAAUAGCUGUUAUAUCGAGGUUAUUUUAUAACAAGGGGACUGAUCUGCUUAUUGCAGCUAUCCCGCGGAUACUCGCAGCCCACCCAAAUGUAAGGUUUAUCAUUGCAGGUUCAGGGCCCAAAGCCAUAGACCUCGAGCAAAUGCUGGAAAGGAAUGUCCUCCAGGACCGCGUUGAAUUGCUUGGGCCAGUGCGACACGAAGAGGUCCGAGAUGUUAUGGUGCGAGGACAUAUUUACCUCCACCCAAGUUUAACAGAGGCAUUUGGAACCGUGAUUGUGGAAGCUGCGAGUUGUGGUCUUUACGUUGUUUGCACCCAAGUUGGUGGUAUUCCGGAAGUCUUGCCAGCACAUAUGACCGUGUUCGCAAAGCCGGAAGAGGAUGAUUUGGUGGCCGCAACGGGCAAAGCCAUCGCUGCUCUACGUGCAAACAAGGUUCGAACGGAGCGCUUUCAUGACCAAGUGAAGAUGAUGUAUUCUUGGAUAGACGUUGCCCGUCGAACAGAAAGAGUCUACGAUGGAAUAUCGGGCGUUCUUAGCGAGGCAGAAUUCUACGGAUAUGACGCCGCCAACGCUGCGAGUUGGAGCGCUACGAGGGGCCGUGCGGGUGUGCAAAGUUUCGCUCUCAUUGACCGACUAAAGAGAUAUUACGGUUGCGGCAUCUGGGCAGGGAAGCUCUUUUGCUUAUGUAUGGUUAUCGAUUAUUUGAUCUUCCUUGUUCUCGAAAUCUUGGCUCCGAGAGAAAACAUCGAUAUUGCGAGGAAUUGGCCAGGGAAGACGAUUAAUACGUCGGAGAGGGAACGAGAGAAGAAAGAUAGUAUCGGAUGAACUAUUGGCCAGGAAGAUCCAUUUAGCAGUCAUGCCGAGAGAUGAAGCUAUGGUCAUGACCUGAAAUACCAUUGGGUGCGAAGUUUGGGAAAUGAUAUUCCAGAUGGAUCAAAUAGCUUUCGGCACACAUUCGAACCACUCCUAAGACUCCGUUACAUACGUGGUGAAGCUCGAAUGACGACUGCGAAAAUUGCGCCGAGGCUAAACGCGGAAUCCUGUGAAGGGGAUAUGUUUGGAUUCCAAACGACAAGAAUCCAAAUUAGCCUCGUCCGAGAAUAAUAUACAAUUCGGGGCCUGUCUUAUUCCAACACCCAAUACACCAGUGAGGCUGUUGGAAGACGGCUGAUGGCCGACUUGCGGUAUCAAGGAAGUCUAUUUGGUUUGGAAAAGCGAGGACAUAGAUGACAGCACGUAGGAAAAUGAAUGUUAACUUCGGUUGACUUUAUUCACCACAAUAACUCCUACUCGUGAGGUCGUGGCUGAAAGCAAGCUUAACCUAAUUACUGCCUAAGAAAAUAUAAUAAAGUCACAUUUAAACCCAAGU